GAAGCGCAGGAGGCCCAGCGGCGUCAUGGCGUCCGGGCGAGCGGCGGGCAGGCUCAGCCUGAAGGAGCAGCGCUACGACCGGCAGCUCAGGUUAUGGGGUGAUCAUGGACAAGAGGCUUUAGAAUCUGCUCACAUUUGUGUGAUAACUGCAACAGCCACCGGAACAGAAGUCCUCAAAAACCUAGUUCUACCAGGUAUUGGAUCAUUUACAAUCAUAGAUGGAAAUCCAGUCACUGGGGAAGACGUUGGAAACAGCUUCUUCCUGCAAAGAAGCAGUAUUGGUCAAAAUCGAGCACAGUGUGCCACAGAACUGCUGCAAGAGUUGAAUAAUGAUGUCUGUGGAAAUUUUGUGGAAGAGAACCCAGAUAAACUUCUAGACAACGAUCCUUCUUUUUUUUGUCGGUUUAAUGUAGUGAUUGCAACACAACUGCCAGAAAGUACACUACUUAGGCUAGCUGAUGUCCUGUGGAAUUACAACAUCCCCCUGUUAAUUUGUAGGACUUAUGGAGUAAUAGGCUAUAUGAGAAUUGUUAUUAAAGAACAUCCCGUUAUAGAAUCUCAUCCUGAUAACGCCUUGGAUGAUUUGAGACUGGACAAUCCAUUUCCAGAGCUGAGAGAACAUAUUCAGUCUUACGAUUUAGAACAUAUGGAGAAAAAGGAACACAGCCAUAUUCCAUGGAUUGUGAUUGUAUCCCAGUAUCUAGAAAAAUGGUGUAAUGAGAAUAAUGGCCAGAUACCUAAGAAUUACAAAGAAAAGGAAGCCUUCCGUGAGAUGAUUAGGCAAGGAAUUUUAAAAAAUGAGAAGGGAAUCCUGGAAGAUGAGGAAAACUUUGAAGAAGCCAUUAAAAAUGUCAACACCGCUGUAAUUGCUACUAAGGUACCAAGUGGUAUUGAAGACAUUUUCAGUGAUGAACAUUGUAUCAAUCUCUCACAGCAGACGCCAUCUUUUUGGAUCCUGGCUCGAGCCGUAAAAGAAUUUGUGAGCAAAGAAGGUCAAGGGAAUUUACCUGUCAGAGGCACAAUCCCAGAUAUGAUUGCAGAUUCGAGUAAAUUUAUCAGCUUGCAGAAUAUAUACCGUGAUAAAGCCAAGAAAGAUGCUGAUGCUGUGUCUAAUUACGCUACAAAGCUGUUGCAGUCAGUUGGCAAGGCACCAGAAUCCAUUUCUCAAAAAGAAUUAAAAUUGCUUUGUAGUAACUCAGCAUUUCUUCACGUCGUACGAUGUAGAUCCCUUUCUGAAGAAUAUGGACUGAAUACUUCAAACAAAGAUGAGAUCACUUCCCAUAUGGAUAAUCCAGAUAGUGAAAUGGUGCUGUAUUUAAUGUUACGAGCUGUGGACAGAUUCUUUAAACACAAUGGUAGAUACCCUGGGGUUUAUAACUAUCAAGUGGAGGAUGAUAUUGGAAAACUGAAAUCUUGCCUCAAUAGUUUUCUUCAGGAAUAUGGAUUGCCUGUAACAGUUAAGGAUGAUUAUGUCCAUGAAUUUUGUCGAUAUGGAGCUGCCGAGCCACACACUAUAGCAGCAUUUCUAGGAGGAGCUGCUGCUCAGGAAGUUGUGAAAAUUGUUACCAGGCAAUUUGUAAUAUUUAAUAAUACCUACAUUUACAAUGGGAUGUCUCAGACCUCAGCAACAUUCAAACUGUAAAUCAGCCCACUACAUUGUUGGUAUCUGUAACUGCUUUUGAUUUGCAUUUGGUUCUGUUAAAAGUAUUGCUGAAAAGAAUGUAUAAUGCCAGUUCGUUUCUUUGUAUUAUUUUUGUCUUUCUAAAUUCUUUCAAAUUGUAAUAAAGAAUGUAUCUUGCAUUUCAAUAAAAGACACUGGAAGAUGGAAAUUAUGGCUUCUUCAAAAUGUGACCAGAUUACCUACAUUGAUUCUCCAUGUUUUACAUAUAUUUGUUGUGAGGAGAGGCAGUUGGAACUGAAUUUAGUUCUCCACAAAAAACAUAGGCUGGCUUACAGGACUCAGGAAAGUAUUUUUAAACAUUGUGCUAAAUAGAUAACUGAAGAAAAUGUGCAGUGGUAUUAAGUACAAUGUGAUUUUCAUGAGAUCUUCAGACAGUUGCUUGUGGCAUUCAGAUAUACUCCAUGAAAAGACUUGUUUACAAAGAGGAUUGGACAUUCAUUGAAAGUGAAGAAAAAGGCAGCAAUUUUUAACUGAUUUUUUUUCUUUCCCUUGCUGACACCAGUAUCUUUUUGCACAUUGUGCUGGAGGUUUCACAAUGCUUAGAGCAGCUUUUGGGGAUAUUUGGCUACAGUGGAAUGGAGCUGACAAAAACCAAUGUUCAGAUUUUCCUCUACGAUAACAGCUGUGGUCUAAAUUCUAGAUCCCACUCACUAUAAUAUAUAAUGUUAUUCUCAACAUUAUGAAGGUGUCUUCAAACCAUUAAGAAAACAUAAAACAUUUUGGAAAAAGAUUCAUGAUAUUAUGAUGUAUUCUGAUUUACAUACAAUAAACAUUUUAAUGGGU